AUGGAAUUAGAUGAAUCAGAAAUCAAAGUAAAUUCUUUAGAUAAAAAUUUAAUCAAUGGGGAAAAAAGUCUACCAAAAGUUAAAUCAGAAUCAUUGUCAUCGGAUAAUGAAAAGCAUGUCGAUAAUGGCUUAACUGUGAUAAAUGACAACCAAAUUAUGAAGGGAUCCGUCUCUUCUCCAAUUUCUAAAAAUGUUUUACUAGAAAACAGUAUUAAUGUUGAAAUUAAAGACAUUAAAAAAGAAAAUUUGAAUGAUUUAUUACCGAAUGGAAAUUUGAAUUCAAAUUUACAUAUAAAUGGCAAUAAUUGGAAAACUGAAAAAUUACAAGAUAUAGUACAAGUAGAAUGUAAUAAAAAGAGUAGAUCUUCAAGCAGUCAUAAAGAUUCAAAAUCUGAUUCUAAAAGUAAAUCUAGAAGUUGCCAUCACAAACCAGAUGAAAAAUGUCAUUGUAAAUCUCAUCAUCAUUCUCAUCAUUCGAAAAAAUCAAAAAAAUUCCAAAGUGUUAAGACUCAGUGUACAGCAGAUGAAAUAGCAUUUGAACUCAGACGAUCAGAAAGUGGACAAGCUAACGCUAAUUUUACGAGAAUACCUUGGGUACCUCAUCCUCAAAUAACGAAUUUAAAAUACGGUCGUUAUUAUAGAAUAGAGGAAGAUAGGAAUGGUGGAGCUACGGUUUGUCAUUUAUUCAUGGAUGAAAUUUGUCAUUUACCUGAACCUCAAUUGAAGGAAUGCGCUAUAGAAUUCAUAAAAUUAUCGUACAGCGAAGAUGAAAAUGAAUGUGCCUAUCACGUUAUGGGCAUUGUACACGGUGCAGCUUCCUAUUUACCUGAUCUUGUUGAUUAUAUGGCCGAUCAUUAUCCAACAUUAAUUGUCAAAACUGGUUCAUUAGCUAGUAGGGACAACCAUACAACAACUAUGAGUCAAUAUAGAGAUGAGGUUUACAAAACGUACUCUAAUGGGACGUUCAGGUACGCUCCUUUAGAUCAAUUAAGUAUUUGUGGAGUUUUAGGGGAAGAAGUUGGAGCGUAUUUUCCUGAUUUUGUUGCCAGGUUGGAACAAAGUCCUUUCAUGAAACCAGUUAUGCCCUGGAGUUCUUUAUCCGUCGUUCAAACCGAUAAUCCCAGGGAGUCAAAUGACGGUCCUAUAUUUUGGGUACGUCCCGGAGAACAAAUGUUACCGGCUAAUGAAGCUUUAAAAGAAAGCGCGAGGCCUAAAAAACGAAGAAAUAACGAGUUGGAUAAUUUAGCUUACAUUGGAGGAUCUCGAUUUAGCGAAGCAAGGGAAUCCCUUUUUAUGGAUAGAACUAAAGCUCACGCUGAUCAAGUCGGGGUUGAUUAUGGUAUUAGUAAUACAGCUCCUACUGCUGCCGUAGGUAUAAGAUAUGCACAUUUACAAUUACACGAUAACGACGUGUAUUAUUUGCCUAGAAAAAUAAUUCAUCAAUUUCAAACAAUCAGUAGCGUUGCUAGUGUGGCAUGGCACAUAAGGUAUCGAGACUAUUUUUCAUUACACGGUGCUCCUAAUUUACAUACACCAACUGGAAUCAAUAAAGGACAAGUUUUUUACGAAAAGAAAAAUGUAGCCGUGUACUGUCCGCCAGUUCGAGAGUGCGACUUAUUAUCAGCCAUUACUAAUUCGGAAACCGGUUUGAAAACUCCGAAAAAAAGUGAUAGACUAAAAGAAUAUUCACCAUUUAAACAUUCUCCCAGGAAAAUGCACAAACAUUCAACGCCUCGCUCUGCAAGCAAAAAAGAAAAGCAAUCAGAUCCAGUGCCUCCUUCGCCUAAUAAUAUCGUCAAUAAUAAUAAAGAAAUCGAAACGUCUAGUAAUACUCAAGAUAAAAAAAUUAGUAGCAGUAAUACUAAUAGUAGUGGUAGUAAUAAUAGUUCAAAAAAACGUGAAAGAUCUGAAUCGAUCGAUGGUGGUUCUAAAGAGGAACGUUCUAAAGAAUUGUCGAAAUCAUGCGAAAAAUCCGAACAUUCUCACAAACGUCGAUCACAGGAUGAUGAUCGGACGACGCCAUCUAAAAAAGAAAAAAGAAAAAGUAGUCAUUCCAGUUAUAGGCACGAAGUGAAAAAUUUAGAUUCGAAAUUCGAUGUUAAAAAGGACAAAUCAUCAAAUCAAGAAAGUGAUAAACUCUCAGCCAAAUCAAAGCAUGGGAAAAGUGAUGAGUCGAAGCAUAAGAAAAGUUCACAGGAAAGCAGGCAUGAAAAAUCAUCGAAAUCGAGUGGUUCGAGUCAGGACAAAAAAGAAAACAAAGUGAAAGAAAAAAGUAAGGAACACGUGUCGUCGAGUUCAAACGGACAAAAUUUACAUAAAACAAAGACUGAAGACAAAAACGGAAGUGUGAAAAGAAAACACGAAGAAUCUCCGACGGUUACUCCGGUUAAAAAAAUCAAAGAAGAAAAACAGAGUUCGGACGUUGUCGAAAACGGAAAUAAGAGUCCGAUUUCCCGGGAAAAAGAACGAGAAAAAAAGGGGAUCGAAAGUGAACCGAGUGUAAAAACGAAUGACGAUGAUGUGGUGGUAGACGAAAAAGUAAAUGUCGACAAAAAACAGAAUAAAAUUGACGAAAAUUUAAACGAUUCAAGUGGUAAUACCGGUAAAAAAAACGAUUCAACAGAAACGAUUCCAAUUGUUGUACCCCUCGCAAAAGAUGAACCCAGUGUGACAAAUAUGGCGACAAGCAACGGGUCGACGACGACGACAAGCAAUGAUCUCAAAGAAAACCAUCCUCAAACGGAUAGUACGACUCCCGUGCCUCCCCUUCCUCCGUUACCUCCCCAUCUCCCGCCUCCUCCUCCUCCUCCUUUAAAUUCCCCACCGGCAAAUCCUCCUUUGCCACCCAGCAGCCCUCCCCAAUGUGAAAAUCACGAUAAAUCAUUAUCGGAUACGUCAUUCCCUCCUCCAUCGACAAUUAACUCCAACGUGAAAAACCCUCAAGACAAUGGAGUGUCGUCGAAAGAAAAACCUCCGCCGUCACAAAAAAAAACUAAUGAGAGUUAUGAUUUAUUAGGUGACAUUAUUUCAAAAAUGGAUAAAAAAAAAUUAUAG